GAAACGGCAGCGCGGCGUCCACAAGCAGACAUGAGCGAGUUCGGGGCCGGCGCGGAGCUGCCGGGCUGGGUGGCGGACAACCGCAGCUGGGGCGAGCUCUUUUCCCCCGAGGAGUCGCGCGCGGCGGCACCUGUAGGGUUCCUGCAGGAGCUGCCCAGCUACCGAUCCGUGCGGAGGCGCCGGGCCGCCGGAGAUGUCCAGGAGUGGCCGGGGAGCCUGCAGGGAAUCGGCGCUGCUGAGCUCCGGGGGCCGCAGCCCGAGGGAGAGGAGCGCAGGGUCGGGCACCUCUGGGAGCUGCCCACGAGCAUCGCCGAGAAGAGGAUAAUAAGGGAUUCUCAGCAGUCUGAUAUAAAAUAUUCUUCUGGGUGGAAGCAGUGGAAAAGAACUAGUAGUAAAUCAUGGAAAAAAACUCUCAAGGAUAUCAAACAGUUGUCAUCUUACAUGCAGCUUUGGCGGCGUGAUAUUCACAGCAUUGAAGGGAAAUUUGGUACUGGCAUCCAGUCCUAUUUCAGCUUCCUGCGUUUUCUGGUCGUGCUGAAUUUUUCAAUGUUCAUCCUGAUGUUCAGUUUUGUUAUACUUCCCACUGUCAUCUCUAAUUAUGGAAUUUUCAACAACAGCUCUGCUAAAAUUUCUCCACAUAACACAGAGCCUUACUGCACAGUUUACACACCUAGUGGUAAUAAGGGACUUGUUUACUUCUAUACGUACCUCAAAGAUUUGCUCACCGGCACUGGGUUCCUGGAAGUGACAGUUUUGUUUUAUGGCUAUUACACAAUGGAUGCUGCAUGGCUUAAUGUCCUGAAAUACAACUUACCGCUAGCAUACUUGCUAACUACAUUUGCCUACCUUGCACUAAGUCUUUUCUGGAUAAUCAAAAGAUCUGUGAAAGGAUUUAGGCAGAACUUGGUGCAUGGUGUAAAUCAGUUUCAGAGUUACUGCAACAAAGUCUUUGCAGGCUGGGACUUCUGUAUUACAGAUCUAAAUGCAGCACGGCUAAAGCAUCACAGCUUGCUAUAUGAGCUCCAAGCAGAUUUGGAGGAAGAAAGACUGAAGCAAAAAAUAGCUGACAGGACUGUCAAAAAAAAGCUACAGAUCUUCUCUCUGAGAGUAUUUAUAAAUAUAGUUGUCAUUGCAGUUUUAUUAGCGUGCUUUUAUUGUAUUUUUAGAGCAACUGUCUUCUCUCAAGAAAACUCCAGUGAUGUCAACAAUGUGAGCUUCCAGGCUAAUCUUUUAGUUCAGUAUUUGCCAUCCAUCGUGAUCACAGCGGUCAACUUAAUUAUUCCUCAGAUCUUUUCAAUUCUGAUCAGAUUUGAAGAUUAUUCACCAGCCUUUGAAAUCAGGCUGACACUGUUGAGGUGCAUCUUUGUGCGGUUGGCCAAUAUUGGUGUUCUGUUGGUCUCACUGUGGACUCAGAUCCACUGUACCACUGACCAGUGUAAGGCCUGUGGGUACAAUUACGAACUCUAUCCCUGCUGGGAGUCUGCAGUUGGGCAAGAAAUGUAUAAACUGUUGAUAUUUGAUUUCAUGAUAAUAAUUGCUGUGACCCUGUUUGUGGACUUUCCUAGGAAGAUACUAGUUACUUACUGCUCUUGGAAGCCAGUUCAGUGGUUGGGUUUGCAGGAAUUUGGAAUUUCUGACAAUGUCCUGGAUAUCAUUUAUGGACAGACGAUCUGCUGGAUUGGAACCUUCUUUUCACCACUUCUUCCUGCAAUAGCAACUAUAAAAUACUUCAUCAUCUUUUACAUUAAAAAGAUCAGGUUGAUACACACAUGUAAACCUGCAAGUAGGCCUAUCAGAGCAUCAAGUUACAAUUUUUUCUUGGUGGUGCUGUUGAUUGGGCUCAUCUUAGCUUUCAUUCCUUUGGGAGUCAGCAUAGCACAUAUCUCCUCUUCCAAGGCAUGUGGGCCGUUCAGAAAUUUUAACACUUCAUGGGCUGUUGUUCCAGAUACAAUACUUGGGUUUCCAAUAGGUCUGCAGAAAUUCCUUUUUGGCGUAGCAUCAGAAGCUUUUGCAGUGCCUUUUUUUAUGGUUGCCUGCCUCCUUAUGUUCUAUUUCAUUGCCUUGGCUGGAGCGCACAAAAGAGUGGUUGAGCAGCUAAGGGAACAACUGGUUAUGGAGAGUCGUGACAAGUUGUUCCUAAUUGCAAAACUAACAGAAGCUCAGAAAAAUUAUUGAAAACCACAAAAAGCCGGAAGAUAACAGUACCACUAGCUAAGGAUAGAGGAUCUGCAGCAUGUAAAAACAGAGCAGCUGACCAGCUCCGUGAUCUGUGUAGUGGAUGCUUAACGUUCUUAUUAGUGUUGAUUAUGCUAGUGGGCCUUAGAGUUUCAAAGAAACUGGAAGAAACUGAGAAACUAGAAACUUAGAGUUUCAAAGAAACUAACUGGAAGUUUAGCUUAUUUGUACCAUAUUAGACCCGUUCAAAACGUUGUAUUGCAGGGCACUUUAUCGCUGCCAUUUCAGAGCUGUUAGAGUUUGUGGUAAGUUCCUGGUUUGUUCGUUUUUCAGUUUUGGGCAAAAUGUGAUUAGAACUGAAACUAUUUAAAAACUGCACAGUUUUUAUAAAUUAUACUUGUAAGAAUUGGGGUGGGAUGAGUGGGUGGGGUGGUUUUACGUUUUCCCACUCAGAUCUUUUAAAAUGAAAGCAAUCGAGACUCGUGUCAGUAUUUUGAAAUAGCACAGUUGAACACUAGAUGAAGAAAACAAGCAGGAGAACCCAGCUGCUGCACGCUGCAGUCCCUGCUCUGUGGUGCCCAGCUGACUGGUGUGCAGGAGCCUCUUUUAAAUGGGUAUGGCUUUACUACUUGCAUUUCAGUUUUGAACAAGUGCCUCGAAUACUGUUCUGUGUUCUAAAACGUGAAUUUUUGGGAGUUAUUUAUAGUUCAGAAAUGCAGCAUUCAGAAACUCGGAUGCCACUGUCCUUUAACUGCUUGUUUAAGUGGACAAACGAGCUGUGUGACUCAGAACAAUGUUUCCAUGUAGCCUUCAAGACUGUCCCUUUAUUUGAAGGCUGUUUUUCUCCAGAUCGCAGUGUAAAGAAUUGUGUGCAUUACUUGAAACUCCUGGUAGUACACUGGCAUUUAAUGUAAGAUACUUUUUUUCUUUUUAUGAUGUUUUGUAAUGUUUUCUGUCCUCAGUUGUAAAGAAAUUAGCAUGUAAUAAAUCAAUUUUAAAAUCUAA